CUCUUUUUCUCUGCCAGUUUUCAUUUGGAUCACUGUGGAGCCUUGCCAUGGUUUUUACAAAAGACAAGUUUCAAAGGGAGGACUUUUAUGACCCAUGCCACCAAAGCCAUUUACCGCUGGUUGCUUUCAGACUAUGUGAAAGUCAGCAACAUCUCAGCGGAUGAUAUGCUGUACACCGAGACUGAUCUAGAAGAAAGCAUGGAAAAGAUUGAGACCAUUAACUUCCAUGAAGUGAAAGAGGUGGCCGGCAUCAAGUUCUGGUGCUACCACGCAGGUCAUGUUUUGGGAGCAGCCAUGUUCAUGAUUGAGAUUGCAGGAGUGAAGCUACUGUACACAGGAGAUUUCUCACGUCAAGAAGACAGACAUCUCAUGGCAGCUGAGAUUCCCAGCGUUAAACCAGACAUUCUUAUCACAGAGUCUACAUAUGGCACACACAUCCAUGAGAAGAGAGAGGAGAGAGAGGCUCGUUUCUGUAACACGGUUCAUGACAUAGUGAACCGUGAGGGCCGCUGUCUCAUCCCCGUGUUUGCUUUGGGUCGAGCCCAGGAGCUGCUGCUCAUUCUAGAUGAAUACUGGCAGAAUCACCCUGAACUCCAUGACAUUCCCAUCUACUAUGCCUCAUCCCUGGCAAAGAAGUGCAUGGCGGUGUACCAGACCUACGUGAACGCCAUGAACGACAAGAUCCGCAAGGCCAUCAACGUUAACAACCCGUUUGUCUUCAAGCAUAUCAGCAAUCUUAAG